AUGAUGGGUGAUAGCAUCGAUGCAGCCGCGUCUAUGAAUUACUAUCGUCCGACUAGUGUUACACCUGUGGGGGUAAUCGGCUGGUCACAGGAUUCCGUCAACCCUCAGGUAUACAAUGUCUCCGUUUCGGACAUGGUCUCGAUUAGAAACGCGGUCAACGAGGCACUGACCGAUCAACGAGGCGUCUUUGCCUACAUGCGCGAGCAUUUCCCUGACGAGAUCCGCGUCUUCAAUAGACAAGGCAGAAUCAUUUCCAUCGACAACCGUCGGCUCGUGAUAUGGCGUCUAGUCGUGUCUCCCGACACCCCGAUCCCAGUCAGGGAGAUAACUGAAGUGGAAGCGGGUCAGGAAAUCUUGAGAAAUCCAGAUGCAAACCGCGUAAUGGCAGCCUUGGCCCUGCAUGGCCGUAUGACAACUACGGAUGGAGGUUACUCUAUCUUGAUCAGAGAAACACCAGAAGUCCGUGUCGACCCCAACCGUUUUGAGCGACGAGGCAUGAUGCUGCAAUGGAGCAAAAUGAUGAGGAACAAGGAUGGACUGAGUGGUGGGCUGAGUAAUGGACGAAAUGAGUCGGAAGGGAAGAAGGGGGGGAUAAGGAUAUGGGGACUGUGGAUAGAGUCCAACCGAGAUCAACAUCCAGGGUUGACGGAAGAACAUGUGCUAAAGAAAAGUGGCCCGCUAAACUUGAAGGGGAAUGGGAGUCUUAAAGUGUUUGCUGCUCCUGGAUAUGUAUCGCACUACUCGAAAAGCCAAAGGACUCGUUCAAUUGAGCUGACAGUGCCAUGGGGAGAAGACGAUCUUGCCUACACCGAGGAAUAA